AAAAUAAAAAUUUCUACUUUUAAAAAUUUAAAAAAUUAGUUAAUGGAGUUCGAAAGCAGUCCUUCGAAAAGGGUUUUUAUUUUUGACCAGAUAUUCAAAGUAAUGUUUUAUAAUAUGGAUUAUAAAAACAUCGAAAUAAUAAGAUAUAUAAUAAAUAUUUUAGAAUAUUCUACAGCGAUUUGAAUGGGCCAAUUACCGUGUAAACACUAAAUGUUCACUUUUCCGUUCGACAACGCAAAGCAUGUAUAUCUGUCCUUAAAUAAGCCUUUGGUAAGAAACAAUGUGUUAACUAGAGUUAAGCUAUCGGAAAAACCGCUGCCAUUCGCACACCAUGGCCACCAAUAUGCAUCUGGCUAAUGUCACGUUUAAUUGCCGGUCCGCUAAAUUGGCAAUUAAGGUGGACCCAGACAACUGAUAAAGACAUUAACCUACGUAUAAACGUUUAUUGAUCUUUUCCAUUGAGAUUUUAUUUUACAAUUAACUUAUGUUUAAUUUAGGACUCUACAGAUAAAAUAAACUUAGCAUUUGAUAAGACAGUUUGCAUCCGUGGAGUCGUCGCAACCCAACCCUUUAAAUACAUGGAGGGGCCUUAGAAGGACCUGUCAUUGUAUGUCCGUUCUAAGGUAAUACAUUAAAUAUACAGUACGUUCAGAUUUACGAUGCUCAACUUCACUUUAUUUUGACUAACGAGUAUUAUAAACGUAUGUAUCUGUUGAUAUAAAUGUUUAUUUAAAGAAAACACACAAAAUGUAAUUGAAUAAACUAUUUUUUCUAUAUUUUGCAAGGCAAUAUCCUCUGACAGCUACUGCGUAGUGCCGACUCGGCUUGUGUGUUAGUGUAGCUACAAACUGUGAUUAGUACAAUUGCCAAUAUAAGCUUGUAUGUCUUUAUUACAUUUCAGAAGUCGUUCCCAUUCACCAUUGAUAAAGCUGGAAUACUGGCAUUUUACAUUACGAAUGCUAACCGGAAUGCUGCUACUUACAGCUACUAAAAGAUAAACGGAGCUAACCUGCUAAGUCUAGUAGCUCGAUACCGCAUAACAUACUUUUGGCUCGACGACAAAAUAGACCGCUGCUGUGUUUUGGGGAACACUGUGUGGUUAAAGGGACACCUUUAAAUCAAUGCUUAUGACCGACGGCACAGGCCAGAAUCGCGGGCUUUCUCCUGUGCGGUUUUUUCACUGAGGUUGCCUUUGCGGUGCUGCCAAUCCACCUAGAUCGUGGCAGUAGUAGUUUGCUAGUAGCUUUUAGCCGGUCCCUUGUGUGUUCGCAGCAUUAACACAACGCUGCUCUCGUCUUGCCGGCUAAAAAUACACUUCUUGUCCUUAAUGCCCGUCCAAAAGUGGUGGCCUAGUCCAUGACGGACUUGUUCUUUGUUUUUCUGAUCAAACUGUUGUAAGUUUGUACAUGGUUACCACCGUCCGUUCAAUACGACUGGAAGAGCGAGUGGUACUCCGAUGCGGUGAGGUGAGCUUGUCGGCUCCAACGAUACCUAAACCCAGCUUGUGGACUUCAGAUCUGUGGCUAUUCAGUGGCCAGACACAUUCUGUCCUAAUGGCAGCGUCUCGUUAUCAGUAGUUACGUAAAAACAUUUAGUCCAACCUCGUGUUGGAAGACUGGUAACUUUGUAUCUGCGCUUUGUAUCAGCGCUUUGUCUUUACUAUCAACUGGCAAGAUAGGCUCGAUCUGUCCUGAGGACACGAUGUCGGAGGACAGCAACGCAGACAAGUUCAUAAAGGAGUCGUCAAUUCUGGACGAGUACAACAUAAACUGGACACAGAAGUUAGGGGCUGGGAUCAGUGGGCCUGUCAGAGUUUGUGUGAAGAAAUCGACUCAGGAACGGCUGGCUCUGAAGAUCCUCAUCGAUCGCCCUAAGGCCAGAAACGAGGUGCGUCUCCACGUGAUGUGUGCUCAUCAUCCAAACAUUGUGCAAAUCUUAGAGGUGUACGCCAACAGUGUCCAGUUUCCACAUGAGUCCAGUCCAAGAGCUAGGCUCCUGAUUGUCAUGGAGAUGAUGGAAGGAGGUGAGCUGUUCCACAGAAUCAGUCAGCACAGGCACUUUACUGAGAAGAUGGCCAGCCAGGUCACCAAACAGAUCAGUCAGGCCCUGGAACACUGUCACUCCUUAAAUAUUGCACAUCGCGACUUGAAGCCAGAGAACCUGCUCUUCAAGGAUAACUCUUUAGAUGCCCCUGUGAAGUUAUGUGACUUUGGCUUUGCCAAAAUAGAUCAGGGAGACCUGAUGACUCCUCAAUUCACUCCUUACUACGUAGCACCUCAGGUACUUGAGGCUCAAAGAAGACACCAGAAGGAAAAGUCUGGAAUCAUUCCUACCUCACCAACUCCUUAUACCUACAACAAGAGCUGUGACCUGUGGUCUAUGGGUGUUAUCAUCUACGUCAUGUUGUGUGGCUACCCUCCGUUCUACUCCAAACACCACAGCCGCACCAUCCCAAAGGACAUGAGGAAGAAGAUCAUGACGGGAAGCUUCGAUUUCCCUGAAGAUGAGUGGAGUCAGAUCUCAGAAAUGGCCAAGGACAUCGUUCGCAAGCUGCUGAAGGUGAAACCAGAGGAGAGACUGACCAUUGAAGGAGUCCUGGCUCAUCCCUGGCUAAACUGCACCGAGGCCCUGGACAACGUGCUGCCUUCUGCUCAGAUGAUGAUGGACAAAGCUGUAGUAGCUGGUAUCCAGCAGGCCCAUGCAGAGCAGUUGGCCAGCAUGAGAAUCCAGGACAUGAACAUCAGCCUGAAGCCACUCAACUCUGUCAACAACCCAAUCCUCAGGAAGAGAAAACUACUAGGCCCAAAGCCAAGUGACGCUAUCUUCAUCCACGACCCAGAGAACGGAGGUGAAGACUCCAACGUAGCGCUGGAAAAAUUACGAGAUGUGAUUGCACAGUGUAUUCUCCCACAGGCAGGAGAGAAUGAGGAUGAGAAGCUGAACGAGGUGAUGCACGAAGCCUGGAGGUUCAACCGAGACUGUAAACUGCUGAGAGAAGGUCUGCAGGGACUCAGCUGGGACGGUCGAGUGUUUUCAGAUAAGGUGGAUCGUUUGAAGUUGGCGGAAAUAGUCAAACUGGCCAUUGAGGAGAAAACCAACCUUCAACAGUCUCAUUAGCAAAUGCUGAAUCUUCUUUUUUAUAUUGUUUAAUAUUUGACCUUUGACCUUUUUGUGCAGAUGCUUUUUAUGUAAACAAAUUUCAGUUUUUUUCAUGAAAGCACCUGCAAAUACCUAAUGCACAGCUGUAGAUAUAUUUCAAAAAAGGACUCAUUGGUACUAAAAUGCUUUUUGAAAAAGACACUUGCCAAAAACACGGUUAAAAAAAAUGUUUCAUCUUUUUUGCAACAAAAGCAGAAAGAGAAAAAUCUUAAUCGUUUUCUGGGAGGCAUUUUGUAUGAACUGUAUGUCUUAGACACAAUUUAUUUCAUCUCUAUUUUUUUUUUCUAACAAUCCUUAUAAUUUUAUUUAUUGAAACCUUUAUUAUUGCAACAGGGCUUUGAUCUUUAAAGAUGAAAAGCCGUUCUUCCACACACUUCUUGAAUGUCAUAAAAAGCUGUAAGUUCUUCUUGUAUUAUCACUCCGAAACAACACCUUAGAUCAUAAGAAGUCUGAGAGCUGAAAUUAAUUAUAUGAGACACCAUCAAUGGCUGAGAGUAUUGUCAAUAUAAAAGAACGUGUUCAACACAGUGGGUGUUCUGCUGGUUGUAAAUGCAGACCGGCAGGUAAAAGGGAAAAGUUGUAGGAAAUGCUGUUAGACUGGGCUUUUGGCCUCUAAACAUCUCAGAAUAUCAUUACAAGUGUAAUGCAACAUACACAUGUUUUAACAAGACAGCAAUGUGUGUAUGUGUUAGUUACAAGGAGAAUAACUGUCUGUGUUGGAUCAUAUGUUCAUUACAAUGACUAUACGUGUGUUUUUAACCUAGAGUUUUCCACUUCACUAACAGUGACAGUGAGCUGAUCCUGACCUUUCCCCUACUAAUGCUCCUGCUUCCUCAUUUUUCCCACAUGGUUUUUACCUCAUUGUUUCUGUUCUUCACUGCCACCUACUGGGUCUUUUUCCAUUACUGAACUGGUAUUUACACCCUGAAGUCCCAAGCACACCUGCAAGAAAAAAAUAGGGAACAAGAAGUAAAUAGAGGCAGAGGGUGGCAUCACUGCACAGGGAAACACUACACUUACAAAAGAAGAUUGAUUUGUUUAAAGAACAUUGCUGUAUGAUGACUAAUGAAGGGCUAACACAUGACUAACGAACACGCUGCCUAACGUGAUGAUGAUGAACAGUUAAAUGUUAAUACAUGCACCAACAUUUAAAAUGAAAAUGCAACCAUUAAUAUGAUUUAGUGCUGCAGGGUUUUGUCCAAAGUUCAGUUUGUAUCCAAUAUUAUUUAUUUGUUGAGAGGACUCUGACCUGUUUGAGUGCACAGCAGAUAAAUGGUUUUGGUUGUUAA